AUGAUGUGGCCUAGAUUAGUCGCUAACAAAAUCCUCAAGAAGCGGCUUCUUGGAAGCAACAACUUUGUGGCAGAUUUUCCGAGCGACUCCGAUCAGUUCUUGCUGGAAAAUACUACUACUACAACUACAACUUCAAGUGAUUUUUCUCAACCAUCUUUAAGCUUUGACAAUACAAUCUUCAAUCAUAACAAGGAGGUCCAUAAGUACAAGUUUUUUGUUAGUACAUGGAACGUCGGUGGGAUUGAACCACAUGAAGAUUUGAAUAUAGAGGAUUGGGUUGAUCUUUCCUGUGACGUCCAUGUUUUUGGGUUUCAGGAAAUAGUGCCUCUUAAAGCAAAGAAUGUUCUAGGAUCCGAGAACAGUCGUAAGAUCUCAAUGAAAUGGAAUUCGUUGAUCAGAAAAGCUUUGAACAAGAAAGUGAAGCACUGCUUCCGAGGCAAGAACAAAGAGGAUAAAGAUGACGGUCAGAUUAUGCAAAACUACUUUCAAUGUGUCAUAAGUAAGCAAAUGGUUGGGAUAUUGAUAUCUGUUUGGGUUCGAAGUAGUCUUCGUCCAUUUAUUAAGCAUCCGAGUGUCUCAUGUGUAGGCUGCGGCAUCAUGGGCUGUCUAGGGAAUAAGGGUUCUGUGUCGGUGAGAUUUCUGGUACAUGAAACAAGCUUCUGCUUUGUUUGCAGCCAUCUAGCUUCCGGUGGUAGACAAGGAGACGAGAAGUAUAGAAACUCUAAUGUCACGGAAAUAUUGUCAAGAACAAGCUUUUCAAGAGGCCCUUUGCUUGAUUUGCCACAGAAGAUUCUAGAUCAUGAUCGGGUUAUAUGGCUUGGAGAUUUGAACUAUAGAAUUUCUCUGCCAGAAGCUACGACUCGUUUGCUAGUGGAUAGAGGCGAUUGGUCCACCUUGUUAGAAAAUGAUCAGCUGAGGAGAGAACUCGUGGACGGUCAAGUAUUUGAAGGUUGGCAUGAAGGAGCUAUUAAAUUUUCUCCCACUUACAAAUAUUGCCUAAAUUCUGAUAUCUAUUUUGGCGGUAUUCAUCGCAGUAAAGGUGAAAAAAGGCGCGCUCCUGCAUGGUGUGAUCGAAUUAUCUGGUAUGGAGAGGGAUUAAAGCAACAUUUUUACACUAGAGGCGAGUCAAAGUUGUCCGAUCAUAGGCCAGUCAAGGCGAUACUCUCCGCAGACGUAAGAGUUUUACGAAGAGCUAGAGCAUUCCGCGGCUUCUUUCUAUCGGAAAGAUUUGACCAAAAUUCAAAUAACAAGAUUGAGACGUCAAGUUUCCAAAUCUGA